AUGGACGAUGCAAGUUACCUUUCUGAAAGCUCAGGAUCUGAAUCAAUCCCGGAUUUAGACGAAUUAUAUCAAAAUGGUAGCUCUUCUGAAUACUCGCAUCUUAUUGGCAAACAAAAAAACUACAACAUAAAAUCGUUAGAAAAACUGAUUGACAGUAACUCUCUAGAAGACAAACGAACAAUUGAAACGAUCAUUAUAGAAUGUAUAAAAGAGGAUGACGAUCAGAUUUUAGAAUUUUUCGCAAAAAGGAAUUGUAACAUAGUUGAUGUAUCUAUAAAAGAAAAGGAUCAAACAGCUCUACACAUUGCUUACUAUUAUUAUGCUAACUAUGCCCUAAAAAUGAUGAUUGACUUACUACCAAGUGGCCACAUGAGUACAGAUAGUUAUGGUUUAAAUUAUUUACACGUUGGUUGUUGGGCUAAUAAUAAAAGACUCAUACAAAAAUCUUUGAAAACCAAUGUAGAUGUUAAUGCAGCAAUCGGUAAAGAUCCAGAAGGCGAUAGGCAAGGUUACACGGCCUUGCACUUUGCUUCUGCUUCAUCAUUAGAAAACGUUGAAUUGUUACUGAAACACAGAGCUGACCCAAAUGUAACAGAUGAUUCAGGAAGAACGCUGUUACACGUGGCAUGUAGCGCCUUUCAUCUUUAUGAUUCAGAAUAUGCAGAUGCAUUUGGAAGAGAACCCGAUUUAAUGGACAUUCAGGCAAAUUUGCAAAUAAUAAACCUACUGUUGGCUAAUGGAUGUGACAUCAAUGCAAAAGAUAAAAAUGGGAAUACACCAAUUCUCAGUAUUUUUCCACAAAGACCUCAUAUGUUUAUGCCAUUGUCGACAGAUUAUCCAAUUGAAGAUACAAUCUCGAAAUUACGAUAUCUCAUCCAAAAAGGAGCUGAUGUCAAUCUCCGUAACAAUGAAAAUGAUACUGUUUUACACCAUGCAUCUAGAAUUGCAAUAUUUUCAGAAUAUCCACGGUAUUUUUUUAUUGACGAAGCAAAGCAUGCACAAAUGUUUGAAAUUAUUUUAAAUUUAAAUGAAGUCGUCGACGUUAAUACAAUGAAUGCUUUUAAAGAAACUCCGUUGCAGCUUGCGGUUUCGUGGAUAAAUGUUCAUAUUGUUAAAUUGCUUUUAAAUCGUAAUGCUGAUUUAGCGUGUUUAACUUUCAAUCAUAAUGACCAAUAUGGAUUUUCGUGUUUAACUUUCAAUCAUAAUGACCAAUAUGGAUUUUGUUAUCCCAACGAGAUACCUACACUGAAAGUUGUCAAAAAUGUUAUAAACAUGAUGGAAAUGCUUAUUGAUAAGGGUUUCAAAUUAAGUUUGAGAGAUCAUUUAGUAAUUAUAGAAUUCCUCGUGCAUGAUCUUAAGCAUUGUGAAUGCUUAGAAAAAUUCUACUGCAACCAUGAAGAAUUUUUGAGUUUAGCUUCCCCAAUUCAUUUAAAAACCAUAGUCAUGAAAUUAGUAAAUGAAAUACCGAAUAUAAAAAUAAAAAAAGCACAUCUUAGAACAGUUAAAAGUUUCUUUUAUGUGAUAAAAAAGGCCGGGUUCUUUAUAGAUCGUCAAACGACACAGUUUCUUGACAAGAUCAUCAUCAAAUUUACUUUCGACGACUUUGAUCAAGACGCCGCAGACAUCGACAAUGAAAUAAUUCUUAUGAAAUCAACUACAUUGCUGGAUAAUUUUACUUUAUUUGAUUUGUUAAUGAAAAACCCACACGAUAUUUUUAAGUAUGUAAUCAACUCGAAUAUAUGGGAGCUACAACUCGAAGAAAAUUUUCCAAUUUUUCACAACAGCAUAAAAGCACAGGUUGCCAAAUCUUUAACCCGAAUGUACAUUGAAAAUUCAGCAUAUGAUUAUUUUACCGAAUUAUUUCCUCCGUUAUUUCCGAGCAUCUGUUCAAAAUUGAUCAUGAAUUAUUUGAGUAACGAAGAUAUUUUACAUUUUUGUUCAGCAGCUGCAAUGUCGCAGAAUACUGAUUUAUAG